CAAACCAUUUGCCCAAAUGAUAUGAACCGAGAGUUGGCUCAAGAAGUUUGCCAUAAGUUGGACAUUGAAUUCAAAGAAGUGAAUUUCUCUAAGAAUUACUGGAAUCAUGUUUUCAGUUAUCUAUUGGAAAGUUAUUCAAACGGUUUGACACCAAAUCCGGACAUAAUGUGUAAUAAAUGGAUAAAAUUCGGGACUUUUGUUGACUAUUGUUUGAAUGAAUUGAAAAUGGAUGUCAUAUCGACCGGUCAUUACGCGGGCACUUCUUAUGGAGACUUUUGGCAACACUAUGACAGCGAGAGAACAGUUCACCUCUUAAGACCUAAAGAUAAACGCAAAGAUCAAACAUUGUUUUUGUCACAAAUUAGUCAAACAUCUCUCAAGAAAGUUAUGUUUCCUUUACAACAGUUAUGCAAAUCUGAGGUCAAAUCCAUUGCCAAACAGAAUGGCUUAACAAGAGUUGCUGAAAGACCGGAGAGUCAAGGGAUCUGUUUUAUUGGCAAAAGAAAUUUCCAGAAAUUUAUUGAACAAUACAUUGAACCAAAACCCGGAAAAUUUAUAGACAUUGACACUGGAGUUGUAGUCGGAAGUCAUGAAGGAAUCCAUUUUUGGACAAUUGGACAGAAUUGCAGAAUCGGAGGAAUGAAACAUAAAUAUUUUGUUGCCAAAAAAGAUGUCCAAAAUCAUAUCAUGUAUGUUGCCUCGAAUACGAAUCACUCAUCGCUUUAUAGCAAUCAAAUGAUUGUAAAGAAUAUGAAUUGGAUUUGUUGUGAACCGAUGGCUAUAACCGCUCGUCAAGUGUUUGAGUGCGAGUUUAGGUUUCAACACAGGGAUCAGCCCCAGCCCUGUCGGCUCAUUAAACUGGACGACAAUCAAUUCAAUAUUCAAUUAUAUUCAUCCACUCGUGCCUUAACUGAGGGACAGUUUGCCGUCAUUUACAAAGACAACGAGUGUUUAGGAAGUGCUCAGAUUGACCGCUACUGGCUUUCCUCACAACUCUAA